AUGGCCAAGAGAACUACCAAGGUCGGUAUUACCGGAAAGUACGGUGUCAGAUACGGUGCCUCUCUCCGUAAGCAGCUUAAGCGUCUCGAAGUUGCUCAGCACGCCCGAUACACCUGCACCUUCUGCGGUCGUAACACCGUCCGCCGUCACUCUGUCGGUAUCUGGAACUGCUCCGGCUGCAAGAAGACCAUCACCGGUGGUGCUUACACUCUCUCCACCCCCGCCGCCUCCGCUGCUCGCUCUACCCUCCGCCGUCUCCGCGAAAUCAACGAGUAA